AUUUAGAGCAUGCCGCAGGUCAAUGAGGGAAGUCACAUGGGAAUGCUUAUCUUUUGAUACACCAGUCUUGAGAAGUUGAUAACAGAGAAUUGUUUGAGCUCACAAUGUACGUAACUGCCUUGGACUUGGUAACGUACUUCUAGGUACAUCCGUGGAAAGAGAUCAUGAUAACCUCUAGUGUGCAUCCGGAGACGGGAAAGCGAGAGUACCGCGUAGAAAGCCUUGCGGAUACUGGUCCUUAUGUCUGGACUAAAGCUCGUCGUGAUCUGGAGCAGGGGAAUUCACAGAAUCGGCUCUUUCGUGGAGGCGGUGCGUCCAUCAGGGCAGGUGUGAAUGAAGACGGAGACACCUCCUCGACUGUCCACCUCGGUGGGCAUCUGCCGCAGGGAUGCCGCUAUUGUCCCGAGCCAAAGAUCCGUAACACCCCAGUGUGUGAGGAAGAUUUGGUCGAGGAGAUCAGCGUCUUGCGCUUACCUGAAGCACUAGCCAUUGAACUGGAGGAGGCUUUCGCGGCCGAAAACGAGCAGGAACAAGAUACUGGUGGUCUUCCUUCUAGUACCAAUGGAGGAGAAGGUCACAUGAAUAACAGAGGUACCUCUUCUAUAAGGUCUAUUUGCGCCACAGCCACCGGCGCGACGGGUGGUGUAUUUUUUCAGAAGGAGCAAGAAGGCGGCACUUCUUCCUCGUCAACUUCCAAGGCGCAACGCAGGAAACCUAAACCUUUUUCAGAACGUGGUGAUGUUCUAUCUUUCGAGGCGGACCACAUAGUUUUGAAUGGUCGCAGGUAUCCACACUCAGUGCAGCAAUUGCCCUACCCGGUGGAAGCGUUCAACGAGGAUCAUAAGGUCGCCGAUGUACCUUUCCUCAUCACUGUUGACGGAAGUCGCGAAUUGGAGCUAGACGAGGCAACAGGUAGGCUCCUGGGCGAACGCAGUCUCCACGCAGACGGCAGCAUUGCCAAAGCAGAGGACCAGGGUGGAACAACGAAGAAGGGAGGCCUCCCGAACAGUAACAUCAAUGAAGACGUUCUCGGGGACGGCACUAACGGAAUGAAGGUCAUAGACGAAGGAAGUGAGGAUUCCGAUGCUUUAUUAGCAGCCUUGGGUCUCGAGAAACCUGCACCGCUUUCAGGCACCGCAACUGGUGCUGGGGCUUUUGAUGUUGACGAGGGGACGUCUGGUGCGACAGCCAGUGCUGGUCCUCCACGACAGGUGCCUUCGUUUGUGAAGCCGCAUUCCAUGGGUUUGACUAAUGUACGUCGCUCUAAAAGCGUCGCUGGGGACCCAGGUGACGUGCCCUUCACCGAACAGCAGAUACAAGAGGCGUGGGUCACCUUGCUCGAACUGGCGGAGAGGGGCAGUUACACCUAUUGCGAAGACGUCCAGGAAAUCAACCAGGCUCAGUUCCUGGAGCUCAAGCGGAGAUUCCGUACACAAGAAUGGAAGCCGGGCGACAGCGUUGUCUCGGGUCACAGUAACAAUCAGAUUGCAGGGGGGAGCAAACAGGGUGGCCCGCCUUCAUCUGGAGGGUCCCAGCCUGGAGCACGGCCGAAAAGCAGUACAGCGAGGAACAGGUCUAGCGCACGGGCAGGCAGCGCAACAAGCACAAGACAAAAACGUGCACUCCUAGCCUCAAAAGGCCUCUAGUAGUGAAAACAUUCGUGCCUCAACUGAUGAUUUUCCACCAUAAGAAAACCCCUUCAGCAGAAUGAAAUCGGACUCCUCAUCGUCGGAGUCCACACACGAUACUCGUACCUCGUUUAGUGUCCCACCAAUCCAAAAAAGUUCACAAGAAGCAAAGCUCCAUAAAAAGAUGCUGAAUUUUUAAGGCCAUAACUUCCGGCUCUGUACUUUGUAUGAUCACGCUUUUAAUUUAUUAGAGUCUGAAAGAAAACGGUAACGGUCCGCAACAAGAAAUCUGAAUGGAAAUAUAUUAUUCC